AUGUUUGCUGGAGUUUUCAAGAAUGUUCUCAAGGUCUUGCUGCUCUCCCUGCCCUCUCUUAUAUUUCCCCACCACUUUCCUCCACAGAACGUGAAGCUCUUGGAACAGUUUGUCUGCGCCCACACAGGUGUCAUCUUCCAUGCUCCAUAUACAGGGGUCUGUAUGAAGCAACAUAAGAAGUUGACCCAGGCCAUCCAGAAAGCCAGAGAUCAUGGUCUCCUUAGUUACCACAUUCCUCAGGUUGAACCUCGGGACCUUGACUUCAGUACCUCUCAUGGAGCUGUGAGUGCUACUCCACCAGCCCCCACCCUGGUUUCAGGUGACCCCUGGUAUCCAUGGUAUGGCUGGAAACAGCCACCAGAGAGAGAGCUGUCCCGCCUUCGACGGCUCUAUCAGGGACAUCUCCGAGAAGAGAGUGGUCCCCCACCUGAGUCAAUGCCUGAGGUGCUGCUCACAACCCCAGCUGAAGCCGCCUCCACUGAGCAGGAGAAGCCCCAGAGUGCUCUGUAGACUGGGAAGGAAUUAAGAGAUAGUGCCUAGGAAUUACAUGAUGGGAUUUCAUUCUGAAGAGUUGUGUCUGUAUGUGGCCAAUGGCAGGCCUAGGGCCAGAGAGAAGUAAUGAUGGCUGUUGAAGGGAAUAAAUGCUUCUGAGGCUUAGGGGAGGGCAGGACAGAUGUGUAUGGGAAACCCCAAACCCUAUAUAUUGUAAAUAGUAGAUAGGCUAAACAUUCUGUACUUGCUUCAGAUUUCUGCUAACUUGGCUUUCCCACAAUAAAGCUGUAUCUCCUGUUUCUGGA